AUGGCGCUGAGGGGAAGGCUGUUGUCCUGCUUCUAUUGCGGGAGGCGGUCAUCCAUCCGCUACGAUGGCCGGAUACGCGACUGGCUGUGCACCAACUGCGAUGCGACAAACUAUCUCGACGAGAAUGGCGACAUCACCGAUCCCCCUGCCCUCGAAUCGUCCACGCCGAAGCGAUUCGCCAAAGAGCUACCAUCCCGACCGGCAUCACCCACAGACAGCGUCUUCUGCGAGAAAUGCCUGAAAAACCAACGCCUGUUUACCAGAUCGCUGGCGCAGUAUUUCCCCGACGACCCAUCUCACCCAGACUACCCCGAGCUAGAGCGCAAGUACUACCGCUACCGCAAAGACCUCGAGAAGCGCUAUCCUCAGGUCUGUAACGACUGCGCCAAGAAGGUCGAGGAGCGCAUAAACCAGGCUGGAUACACGGCCAAAACAGACCAUCUGCGACGAAUGAUGGAAAGGAGUCGAGGCAGGAGGGCUCCUACGAAGACGACCCCCCUUGAUAUGGCAAACGCCAUGGGACGAUGGCUGUGGUGGGGAGGCUUUGUUAUCCAGCUUCUUUGGCAUGUGGUGAGCGCUUCGAAUGUGCUGGACAAGAACGAGAACGGCAUGUACGAUCCAGACGACCAGAGCUACACGAAGCAUCUGAUUACAUGGUUGAAGCGGCUUUGUGCUUUCUUGCCCUCGGCCGCGACCCUGAUUGGAUGGAGUAUCAAAGCCGGAUUUCUAUCUGCUUGGUGGAACCCGCACUUUGUGCAGUUCAACCGUGGAUUCACGCGGCAUCUGAUGGGGUUCACGCAGUGGUAUUGCUUUCAAGGCCUCAUCAUCUUCUUCCGAUACAUCUUCCGCUCUGUUCUGGAUAUGCAGGGCGGCCAGGCCCAGUCCACAGGGGCACAGCUCAGCGCGCACUUUGCCAUGGCGUGCAUUAUGGCAGUGAUAUACUCCCUUGCUAGGGGCUCGAUCAAGGUCGACACAACACCCCUGUUUGGUGUGACCGAGCGGACAGUAUCUGCAAACCAAAUGUCUUCGCCGCCGCCCAGGAAAAGAAAGAUACGAGAACCAAAGACGCUAGCCGAGGCUCUGACCGAAGCCCUCGAAUCAGCAAACCCGUCGCCGGUCAAGACUCCAUCACGGAUGCCGAAUAUAUCGCGGAGCCCGUUGCCGCCUCGCUUCAACCCACAUCCCUUCCAGACGACUCACGAUGAGCUUUCUUUUGCCGGCUUCAGCAUAUCGGACAAAUCGCCCCAGAAGCUUGCUCGCGGUCAAGACGCCGAUGCAAUGGACUGGUCCCCGUUGCCAAAGCAGACGCAGAAAUCUCCGUACCGCGCAUUCCAGGACGCCCCCGUAUCCAAGCUUGGCGCCCGUCCUUUUGGGCAAGCUCCCACGCAGCCAGAUGCAGGGCCAUUCUGGUUCAAGGUGCCAUCGGCGCCGACGAAUCCGGCUCAGCGACUACGCAACCCCCCUAAUGCCCCGUUGAUAAAGAGGGCGUUUUCCGUCGAGCCAGUCAAGGAAGAGAAGAGCUUCAGCUUCGGGAGGAGCUUCAUGGAUGAGAAACGGGAAGAAGUGCCUCGAGCGAGCAGUGUGGACUUUAGGAGUCCAAGCUUUUUCGCGCCAGAGCGCCCCGACGAAGCGGAUGCACUGGCGGAUGCCCUCGGGCAGAGCUUCAGCUUUGAAAGCGUGCUUGGCGACGACCACUCGGACUCUGAAGAGACGGUCGUCAACGAAGAGCUGCCUAUUCUUUCGAGCGGCGAAGAGUCGCACAAAUACGACCUCUACUUGCUGACGGCCCUGCUGCCGUCUUGGUUCCUUCCUCUAGCCAUUGCGACCCCUUAUACCCGGGAAGCGCGGCUGGCCAUUCUCUCCGUCGCGGGUAUCAUUGCGAUCCGCAGCAUUGGGGGUGCCACGCAACAGCUGCUGGGCGGCGACGGCAAAUCAUCCAGCCUGGCCAUGUACUUUGCGUCCCUUGCGAGCGUGGUGGAGCUCAGUGCUGUGUGCUGGACGGGAUGGCAGCUGUGGACGAAGGGGGUGGAUGUUUCCCAGCAUGGUCCCAACGUGUUGGCGUUUAUGCUGGCACACCAAGCGCUGAGGGGCGUUUCUUUGAGACGACAGCCAUGA